UAUAAAAGUCCCACAAAUUGGCGCUCUACUGUAGUUCUGCCCACCGGCACUUCCUCUCACGCUUUCAACUCUCAGACUCGCAAGUCUCACUAGAAGCAGAACUGUAUCCCGUCAACUGCCGCUCCAUUUCUAAUAAUGUCAGGCGAAACUGAAGCGGUAUCUCUUUCCGGAACUCCUACCACGGCGGAGCUGGCGGCGGUUAGUAACGAGGAGGAGACGCGGAUCCUCAGCGACGCCAUUCGUUCUUUGCCUCCUCAAGCCGUCAAGGACUUGUUGAACUCCGAGGUUUGUAUCGCUUGCAUACUCAGGCUGUUUGGAUUCAGAGAACAUUUUCACUUCCGUUCUUCUAUCUCGAGUUCUAUGUUGCAUUCUGUUCUUGGAGAGUCGGAACAUCUGGAACAUUACGGGAUACUUGCUGGCUCCAAAUCAGGGGAGGAAUUAGAAGUUCAGCAGAUUGUGUGCAGGAUGUGUUUAGGCAUUUUGCAGUACUUAUAUCGCAAUGAUAAGGGCAUAUUGGUGCAAAAGCUAAGUGCAGACGGCUUAGCUGCUUCCAUUGAUGAAAUGAUAAAGCAAGAUGGCCAUGAGAUCGACGGCUUCUCCCUUGAACUGUCCGUACCACCUGUCCUCUUGGAACAUGACAAUGCAGUAUGGUCGUAUAUGAAGAAGAGAUACGGACAGGAAGUUGGGAUUGCAGAAGAGACCUCAAAAUGUGUUUCUGUGAAGGAUGCCUUAAAAUUGGCAAUAACAUAUCCCAUUGAAAAUAUGUUGGAUGUUAAAUCCAGCUCCAUUCCAAGCUCAUUCCGCAUUCGGCUGACCUAUAGUCAAACGAAGCCAUCAUCCUCCAUGGCUAAAUCUCCAGGAGAAACGAAUGGAUCUUGCAAGAGAAGAAAAACAGGUAUGAUGAAUGAUGUUCGUAUGAGUUUUUCAGUGCUAGUAAGCUGUUCUUUCUGCUUUUGUUUCUUUGCAGCUGAUGUGAAUGGAGUACCUGUGAGGUCUUCUAACUUCUCUGGUGAUCAGAAGUCCUCAGAGCCUUGCAACUUCCCUUUAGAGAAGGUCAAUGAACCCUACUACCUGGCUCUUGUUUGCUGCCGAACACCUAUCUACAUUGGUGGGAGAUACCUCAAGUUCUCAAGAAAUGUUAGUCAAACUCGCUGGAUUAUUGACGACGAAAGAAAAGGAGAAUCAUCUGUCGAGGAAAUAAUAGGAAGCAGCAUUCUUCCAGCUUGUCAAGGUGACAGUUACAAGUUUCAUGCUGCUGGCAGAGAGGAUAUUGAUGUGCGGAUGUUGGGUUCAGGCAGACCUUUCAUGGUUGAAGUACAAAAUGCGCGGAGAGUUCCCUCAGAGGCUAUUAUCAAAGAAACAGAAACAAAAAUAAACAGCUUGGAGGAAAAAUUGGUUGCUGUGAAAAAUCUUAAACUGGAAGUCAAUAAUGGUUGGGGCUUAAUGCACGAAGGAGAAUCCGAAAAACAGAAACAAUACUGCUCUUUAGUGUGGAUUUCACGCACACUUGAGGAUGAAGACGUGCAGACCAUAACUGCAUCGAAGGAUAUGAAAGUUUUGCAAAGGACACCAAUAAGGGUUCUCCAUCGGCGAAGUCCUUUAGAACGGGAAAAGAUCAUACACUGGAUGAAAGUCGAGAGGGUUGCUGGGAGCUCUCAAUAUUUCCUGUUGCAUUUGUGCACUCAGGCUGGGACGUACAUUAAAGAAUUUGUUCACGGAGAUUUUGGUCGCACCAAUCCAAGCAUUGGGUCGAUUUUAGGAUGCAGAGCCGAAAUACUGCAAUUGGAUGUUACAGACGUGAAGAUGGACGGUUUCUGAUUACCGUUGUGGCCAUUGACUCAGAAGCGGUAUUUUCAACUCAAUUUUAGAGCCUAAUUUUUGGUUCCCGGUUCUUCUUGAGGCUGCAUCUUUCAGAUGCAACCACACAACUAUUCAAGCUUUCUGUAUAAAGCUUGCAUUGAAAUUUGAAAGUAUACUUUUCACCUUAGUUACUUGUAUGAUUUAUUGUCAGCUCGUAAUAGUUUUCUAUUAGUUAGGAUAGGAAUCUAGUAUGGUUACGAUAACCUCGAUAGUCUAGUGCUAGAGUACUCUCAACUUCAGUGAGGAAAUUUUCACAUUGACGAUUGCUUUGAGAACUAUUGUUGCCGCUACGCCUACGCUCUUGAUAUUCUUGGGA